AAACGCCGGUAAUUUAAUUUGUACUCUGUUCGUGUGUAGUUUAUUUGUCAAAGCGAAGAAAAUAAAUACGCAGAUUUUUUCAAUUCUCAGGCGACUUAUAUAUUCUAACUGUGCAAGACAAACGUUGUUGUAGCAAGUCCGUGUAUGACUUGCAACAAAAUGCGCAAGUUAUUUAUACUUUUUGUGGCUUUCGCCGCUGCAUGCGCCAGUGGGAUUACCAGGGUUCCACUGUAUCGCAUGCAAUCGGUACGCAAACACUUCCACGAAGUUGGUACUGAGCUGCAGCAGGUCCGACUGAAGUACGCCGUCUCCGGACCAGCGCCUGAACCGCUCUCAAACUAUCUUGACGCACAAUACUAUGGACCCAUUUCCAUUGGUAACCCUCCGCAGACGUUCAAAGUUGUGUUCGAUACGGGAUCGUCAAACUUAUGGGUGCCGUCAAAGAAAUGCCAUUUCACAAAUAUUGCUUGCUUGUUGCACAACAAGUAUGACAGCAGCAAGUCGCGGUCGUACAUCAAGAAUGGAACCUCCUUCGCUAUACACUACGGCUCCGGCAGUCUCUCUGGCUACCUCUCACAGGAUGACGUCACCGUGGGCGGGCUGACGGUGCGCGGGCAGACGUUCGCGGAGGCGCUGUCGGAGCCGGGGCUGGCCUUCGUCGCUGCCAAGUUCGAUGGCAUCCUCGGCAUGGCCUUCAAGAGCAUCGCAGUGGACGGUGUAACUCCAGUGUUUGACAACAUGGUGUCCCAGGGUCUGGUGCAGCCUGUCUUCUCCUUCUAUCUUAACAGGGACCCGAGCGCGGCGCAGGGCGGGGAGAUCAUCCUGGGCGGGUCGGACGCGGCGCACUACCGCGGCAACUUCACCUACGUGCCCGUGCAGCCCACCUACUGGCGCUUCCGCAUGGACAGCGUCUCGCUCGCCGGGCACACCUUCUGCGCCAAGGGAUGUUCUGCGAUCGCGGACACGGGCACGUCGCUGAUCGGCGGGCCGGUGGCGGAGGUGGGGUUCGGUAAGACGGUGUGCCUGUCAGGGUUCAUGGGGCUGGACAUCCCGCCCCCCAACGGCCCGCUCUGGAUCCUCGGCGACGUCUUCAUCGGCAAGUACUACACGGAGUUCGACGUCGCCAACAAGCGCCUCGGCUUCGCCACCGCCGUGUGAGCCCGCACUAAUGAAACAGCUUAGUGUAGUAAAUAAAUCCUUAUAUUUUACACGCUAGAAAUAUUCUGAAUCUCUUAAUUAAUUUGUUAAUACUAUAAUAAAAUAUUGCUUUUCCUCCAAAUUUUAAUAAAUAUAAUAAAAAUGAAAAAACAGAUAAUUUGAGAACUGACUUUUUUAACGGUAUGACGUCAUUACUGUUUAUUAGUAAAGUAGUGUUUACUAGAUAUAAAAAUGUAAAGGAUUCCUUUAGUAGAUAUUUUAUAUAAUUACUGUGUCUAGAAUCUGCAGUUUAAGUCAAAAGUGCUUCUUUAAUUGUAAUUUAGUGCUUGUUUUUUCAGAACAAAUUGUUCAUUAUGUAAGCAAUAUUAUUCCAUAUAUUUAAAUUGUUACUGUGAAUUUAAAACAAGAAUUUCUACCAAAGAUUACUUUCAUAUUUUGAAAGUUAACCUCAAAAUCUAAUGUAACUAAAAUGUUUUUUUGUUAUUAUAUAAAACUUUCUAACAUUUGUCAUUUUUUUUGUCACAUCAAUGUACUAAUAUAAAUGAUUUUUAUUUUCAAAUUGUUUUCUUUACUCGAAUUUUUUUGUAGUUUUUUCUCAUUUUUGUAUCCCUUUUCGGCUCUCUACACCCUGAUUUUGAAACCACGAUAUAAUGUAAAGUUGUAUUAAUUUAGUUUGUCAAUUU